AUGGAAAAUUAUUAAGAUGAACAGAAAGAAGUAGGUUCAAUCUAGUAACUGUAAUUUAAUUAUGAAAUACUACUAAAAGAUGGAAUUUCUAACUCAAAUUCUUCAAUAGAUGAGCAUUAAAAAAAAAUAUCUGUUGAAAAAUCAACUAGGAACUCAAUAGUUACGACUGACUAUUAAAAUCAUGUUAAUCAAUUGGUAAAAUAAUGUGAAAUAUUGAACUAAUUUUAAUUGAACAAUAAGGUUGAUGGAAAGAAUGUUAAUGUAAAUUUUUAAAACUUUUGGGUGAUUGAAUAAAAUAUAGUAGAUCAUCAAAUAGCAGAAUACUCUUUGAAAAUUGGUUUAGCAAAUCUAUUAUUAUUAAAAAGCAAUUUGAAAGGCUCUCUCUACUGUCUCUCAAAAAUUAUUUCUUUUAGAAAUACUAAUAUCACUUAAUAACUUAUAGACCUUGAUUGGUCUCUAUUGUAUUUAGAUGAAUUAACUGAAGAAAAUUUAGAAUUUUUAAUAUAAAAUGCAAAUUUAAAAUGCCUAUAACAAUUGUUAUUCUCUACAAAUAAAAUAGAUAUGAUUUUAAAUAUAAAAUCAGAUUACAGCAAUAAAAUACUGAAAAAAAUAUUUACAUGUUUGGACUCUUAUUGUAUCAGCUACAAUUAUGCAGAAAUUCUAUAUCAAAAGAAAGUUAUUGAUAGGAUUUUACAAUACUUAACUGUUGCAAACUAAGAAUGCUUUUAAUUAAUAGGUUCAUUAUGUUUAUCUUAAAAUGCGCAAAAUGAAAUUUUAGAAACAGAUAUCUAAAAAAAAUUAUUUUUAAAUCUCAAAAGCAAAAAUCCAUAGAUUGUUGCAAACUCAUAUUAUGCAUUAUCUGGAAUUUGCUUUAAUUAAUCGUAUUUGUAGCUUAAGUUUGUUGAUUCAGAGCUACCAAAAUUCAUGAAAUCUCACUUAUCUUAAUCAUCUGAAAUUUGUAUAAUAGAUGCAUUGUCUUAAUUGAUUUCAAAUUUAACAUAUAAUAAUGAUCAAGUUAAACAAGUUCUUGGAGAUUUUAUUCCAAAUUUAAUCGAUAUUGUCCUAAAAAUAACUAAAAGAUUAAUAUGUUAAAGGGGUUAAAUCUCUCUUAAGGGCAAUUUGCAAUCUUAUUUUUAUAAAAUCUAAUGCAAUAUUUGCUUGUGA